AUGGCAACCGAAAUACGAUUGAACCAGAUCGUUAAGGGCGCACCUCCAUCCGACCUCAAACCUCUUCCGACAGCACCGCUUGCGUCGCUCGGGAAAUCGUCGCAAACAGACAAAUAUGCACCAGAUACGCUCCUUUCGACGUUGCCUUCCUCUCCGCCGCAGAUCUAUCUGAACCUUCUAAUCCUCGAGUCCUCACUGCGCGCACAAUACUUGCACCUGGUCGGCCGCCGGCGUCUGAACACUUUCUUCCUCCUCCUGCUCGCGCUCUGGAACGGACUCUUCUUCUACGCUCUGUUCCUGCGCCCUCGCGAGGAUGGAACCGGUCUCGGCGGCUCCGUGUACUGGAUGGUGGAAACCUCGGAAAAAUUGGCCUUGAUGGGCGGAGUUGUCACUGUCUUGUUGGUCUGGGGUACGGGACAAUGGGAACGAGGGAUCCGCUGGCCCCGGAAAUGGCUGGGCACCACGAACCGCGGGUUACGAGGCUUCAAUCUUCGUGUCGUGAUAAUCCGGGGGAAACUGUGGCGAGAGCUGUUGGGUCACCUGUCCUUCCUCUUGCCUCUGCGUAUAUUCCGGGAAGCAGGUGGGUUUGACUGGCAUCUGGUGGAACAUGAAGACGGAACGAUCGUGGAAGAAGACCUGGCCCGGGGCGGCGAUCACAUCAUGCUUCUACUGCUCCCGAAAUCCUUCAGCCCGGAAUUCCGCGAGAACUGGGAAGAAUACCGUACAGAGUAUUGGGAGAAGGAGAACGAGCGGCGCGCCGGGUUGCGGAGGAAGCUCAAUACCCAACGGCGCACGAGGGCAAAGGAGACGGGCGGCUGGAAAUGGUGGACCGGCGCAUGGCGAUUUGCGUCUCACCGACAUGCGCGUCGGCACCACGAUCUAGAGAAGCAUCCGCAAGGUCACUCGCGGCACCCUCAUUCGACCCGACACGCCGCUACCGCUGUGUCGGAGAAAGAGACUAGCUCGGCGCGAGGAAACAGACGUCGAACGGGCGUCGACCUGGCCGACUCGACGGGCAACCAAAGCCGACGGUCGUCGCGAUCGUCGACGCCACAACUCGAGCUUGACGGCAGCGUCGACCGGCCCAUGCUCGCCGAGCGUGUCCGGCGCGGCAGCAGCGUCAGCAGCACGGCGAGCGUGCGCCGCAAGCCGCCUGCCAGGGACCGCAGGGACCAUCAGCAUCACCGCGACAGUCUCGUCUCCUCAGCAGGAGCUGCUGCGGGAGGAGGAGGAGGAGGAGGAGGGGGCGCUGGAGGAUCAGGCCUCAGCAUGAGUCCGCUGACUUCCUCUUCCGUCUCUGCUGACACCGGGGAAGACGAGCGCGAAGAACGCCGUCGGCGCCGGAGAGAAAGGGAGGCCGCGCGAGAGAAGAAGAAGCAACGGGAACGGGAGCGAGACGAGCCGAAAGGAAAGAAACUCGACCGCAGAGACAGAGAUGAGGCCGGGGCUGCGAGUAGUGGCGCCAGUGCUGCUACCACCCCAAAUGAUGAGGCGCGUUCAGAGUAG